CAAUGUGCAUUCGGUCACUUUGCCGAAGUAUCUUGUGAAGUGAAUACCUGGCGCUGAAUUAAACGAACCACGUGUUAAUAAAAUAUUAAUAAUUUAAAAAAAAUAACUUAUUUUAACUCAAUUGACUGCAGUUACAAUCGAUACAAUUAUUAUUUUAUAGAAAAUAACGACAAGAAUAAUUAAUAAUUAUUUCACUUCAAAAAUUUUAAUUAGUAAAUUGAGUAUUUAAAAACUAAUAAAAAGUUUAAUAAAAAAAAAAAAAAGCAUCUGUGUGAUAAUAUAGUAAAAUAAAUAUAAUGGAUAACAAUAAAGCUGGUCAAGAGAAACCUGGAGAUAUCGAGCUCCCAGAUGAUGGUCUAUCAGCUGCUAAAUUAUUUGCAGCCGGCGAGGGGUUAACGUACAAUGAUUUUAUAAUUCUGCCUGGUUAUAUUGACUUUGUUGCUGAUCAAGUUGAUCUGGUGUCUCCGCUGACGAAAAAAAUUACUCUGAAAGUGCCGUUGGUGUCGUCGCCGAUGGACACAGUUACGGAGUCAGACAUGGCCAUUGCGAUGGCUUUGUCUGGUGGGAUUGGAAUAAUUCAUCAUAAUUGCACUCCUGAGUACCAGGCUUCUGAAGUCCACAAGGUAAAAAAAUACAAACACGGAUUUAUUCGGGAUCCGGUGGUUUUUUCACCGAAUCACACGGUGAGAGAUGUGCUGAAUGUUAAAGCCGAACACGGUUUUUGCGGUGUACCCAUCACAGAAAGUGGUAAAAUUGGUGGUAAAUUGGUUGGUAUUGUCACGUCUCGAGAUAUUGAUUUCUUGGAGGAUUCACCUAGUCAGCAAAAUUUAAAGCUUGGGACGGUAAUGACAAAACUUGAAAAUCUUAUAACUGCAAAAUCCGGUGUGACAUUGCAAGAGGCAAAUUUAAUUUUGGAAAAAUCUAAAAAAGGUAAAUUGCCAAUUGUAAAUGACAAAGGCGAGCUGGUGUCCUUGAUGGCGCGAACGGAUUUGAAGAAAAAUCGUAGCUAUCCAAAUGCCAGCAAAGAUGAGAAUAAGCAGUUACUGGUUGGCGCGGCUAUUGGGACAAGAAGUACUGAUCGGGAGAGGCUUAAAUUAUUAGCGGCUGCAGGUGUUGAUGUGAUUGUUCUUGAUUCAUCACAGGGUAAUUCACUCUUUCAAAUAGAAAUGAUUAAAUACAUAAAAGCAGAGUAUCCAGAGCUACAAAUAGUUGCGGGUAAUGUUGUUACAACGAUGCAGGCGAAAAGUUUAAUUGAAGCUGGCGCUGACGGACUACGUGUUGGUAUGGGAUGCGGAUCUAUUUGCAUUACUCAAGAAGUUAUGGCUGUUGGACGCCCACAAGCUACUGCUGUUUAUAAAGUCAGCGAGUAUGCUCGUAAAUUUGAUGUCCCAGUAAUUGCAGACGGUGGAAUCCAAUCUCUUGGACAUAUCAUCAAAGCACUCAGUCUUGGUGCAAGUACAGUAAUGAUGGGAUCAUUAUUGGCUGGAACUUCAGAAGCACCUGGUGAAUACUUCUUCAGUGACGGUGUCCGCUUGAAAAAAUACCGCGGCAUGGGAUCCCUCGAGGCUAUGAAUAAAAAAGACGCCAAAGGUUCAGCAAUGGAUCGUUAUUUCCACAAUGAAAUGGACAAAAUGAAGGUCGCCCAAGGUGUCAGUGGAUCCAUCGUCGACAAAGGCAGUGUUUUAAAAUUCUUACCGUAUCUGCAGUGUGGUAUAAAACACGGAUGUCAAGAUAUCGGGGCCAAAUCCCUUUCAACUCUUCGAUCAUUAACAUACAGCGGAGAACUUAGAUUCGAGAGAAGGACACCUUCAGCACAGCAAGAAGGCAAUGUACACGGUCUCUUUUCAUACGAAAAAAGACUUUAUUAAUUAAUAUAUAACUUUUGUUUUUUAAAAUCCAUCAGUACCUGUCUCUGUUCCACUCUAGUCUGGAACUAGAAUAUCAUCAUACAAAUCUUACUACAUUCUGAAAAUUAAUAAAAUUUUCACGCGGGUAUUUUAGCAUACAUCAUAUUAUAUAAUUUACUUUAGAUAUACAAUAUAUACAAUUCAUGUAAGACCUUAAUAAUUUUCACGCGAAUAUUUUAACAUACAUAACAUUAUAUAAUUUACUUUAAAAUCUAUACAGUUUAUAUAAGGCCUUAUAAAUUAAUUUAGUAUUGCUUCCACUCUUCACUAUCAAUUGACAACCGUCUAAUCCAUUUUGUGAUAAACUUUUACCAGACUUUUCUCUAUGACGAUUAAUUUAUAUAAAAAAAAAGUAAUGACUAUUGCAGACAUUUUUUUUAACCAAUCAGUGUAUACAUAUAUAUAUA